GGAUGGGUUCCUUUGUAUGUCAUGGAUAGAGAAAUGUAGUGGCCUCUGAUUGGUGCAUUGGGUUACGCCUUUCAGGGAGCCACUGGUUGGAAGCUGCAGCCUUUAAGUAGGAGCGUUCAGUCUGCACUGGAAACAAAUUCUUGCACAUUCUUCAUCCUUAUUUACGUUGAAAACAAAUAGCAUGGCAGAAAAACCUGUUCUGCACUAUUUUAAUGGAAGAGGGCGCAUGGAGUCGAUCAGGUGGUUGUUGGCUGCAGCUGGUGUUGAGUUUGUUGAAAAAUAUAUUGAAACAAGGGAACAAUAUGAACAGUUACUUAAAGAUGGAAUUUUGAUGUUUGGACAAGUUCCUCUGGUUGAAAUGGAUGGGAUGAAGCUGACACAAACUAAAGCCAUUUUGUCUUACCUUGCUGGAAAAUACAACCUGUAUGGAAAUGACCAGAAGGAGAGACUUUUUAUUGACAUGUAUGUAGAUGGAACAAGUGACCUUUUGUCUCUGGGUUUAAUGUAUAUCUUCCUUGAGGAUUCUGUCAAGGAAAAACAAAAAGAAAAAAUUAAAGAGAGUGCAACAAAUAGAUAUUUUCCUGUAUUUGAAAAGGUUUUGAAAGGUCAACACUUUCUUGUUGGAAAUAAAUUUAGCUGGGCAGACGUGCAACUAAUGGAAGCCAUUUUAAUGACAGAAGAGUUCCACGGUGACAUACUGUCCUGCUUCCCUAACCUGCAGGACUACAAAGAGAGAAUAAAGCAGAUCCCAACAAUUGCAAAGUUCCUUCAGCCCGGAAGCCCAAGGAAACCUUUUCCAGAUGAAAAAUAUUUGAAGACUGUAAAGACUGUUCUUAAGCUGUAAUAGCGCAGUCUACAAAUUGCCUUAAUGCACCAAACAUACAUUUUGAUAAACUUGCAUUUAAUGCUGUUAUUGUUCUGAAAACAUUGCAUAAUAAAUGUAUAUGUGCAAUAUA